CUCUGCUGCUGAUUGGCUGCCAGUGGCUUGCAGGAGGCGGAACAGGAUCAACCUGUUGGACGUGGAUAAAUGUUGGAGCUCCUCAGUGUGAGCGCCGGUUGGAUGACAGGGAUAUGCUUUCCAUCAAAGUCGGAAACAAAAUGGGACGCAAAAACGCCAACUACUCCAGAUGGAUCCUGAGGGCAUUGAUGGUGUUGUUGCCAGCACUGGUUGUCUUUAUCGUCCUCCUGCAGCUAAACACCAACCCAUUCAAAGGUCUCAGCAGUUCAGACUUUGUGAUUGCCAGUGAACCCGCCAACUUGGUCAUCAAGAAGUCUGCUGGACCUUGUUCUCCAAGGAAAGAGUGUCCGGAAGAUCAUUUCAGCUUCCUGGUCCAGAGUGGAGCGGCCAACGUGGUGGCCCCAAAAAUCUGCGUGGAAAACAACCUGGUUCUAGGAACUGUGUUGAACAACGUGGGAAUUGGAAUAAACACAGUGUUGUUGGAUGGUAAAACCGGAAAAGUUCUAAAGACGACCCACUUUGAUACUUACAGCGGGGAUGUGAGAUAUAUCAUCGACUUCAUAAAGGACAUGAAACCCGGUUCUGUGGUUCUGAUGGCAUCCUUUGAUGAACCAUCUUCAAAGUUAAAUGAUGAAGCCAGGAAUUUAAUUGCUGAACUGGGAAGCUCUUCAAUCCAGAAACUGGGGUAUCGAGAUAACUGGGUAUUUGUUGGUGCAAAAGGAGGCUUGGUGAAGAGCAGCUAUGAGAAGCAUAUAAAAAAUGACAAACCAAAUAAUAAAUAUGACAACUGGCCAGAGCUGAUCGACCUGCAGGGCUGCUUCCCCAAAAACUCGGAGUGAAACCUGCAAAACACAAAGUCUGGAGCAGCGUCUGACUGAAAAGGGAAUGGAUCUGAGAUCUGCUUCCUCAUGAGAACUGCUGGUGAUGGCUGUGGGGGGAUCCAUUUUUUUCUUUUUUUUUUUUGUGGUGGGGUUUCAGAUGUCUGCUGCAGCUUUCCAAGAGUCGUCUGCUGGAAACCAGCAUCCCGCUCCAGGAUUUAAUCUCCUGAAAAACAGUUUGAUUUGCAAACGCUCUGCUGUGGCACCGUCCACCUUCAUGUUUGGGCUCAAACAUCAGCAGAAAAAGCGAGCAGGAGUGAAGGAGAAAGACUUUGUAACUGCACAUGUAAUGCAUUUUUUUCCACAAAACUCCAAGGUGUUUCUGCAGUACCAAGUUUUACCGAAAUUACUCAUACUCCAU